CCUCCAGCCCCCCUUCUUGUCCCUCCCUCACCUUCCAGCUCGCUUCCUUGGGGCCCCUUUCGGCUCCAAGGCAUGUGCUCCAUGCUACCAUGGAUGCCGCCAAUCCCUCGAUGACCACAGUCUCACGGCGCCCAAGGCCCAAGACCCGAACAGGCUGCUUGACCUGCAAAUCUCGACGUGUGAAAUGUGAUGAGCGGAAGCCAUCUUGCCUGCGAUGUCUCUCCACCAAGCGCAUCUGUGAAGGGUAUCCUGUCGUAGACCGUCCCACCGCCGCUAUUACCAACCAGCUAGCUGAUGAAGAACGGCGAGCUUUGGCGUUUUUUCGCGGCCAAACAGCCCAUCGAAUUUUCGGGGAACAAGAUGCCAAUGAUUGGGUUCCUGUCAUCCUCCAAAUUGCACAUGUCGAGCCUGCAGUUCGACAUGCCAUCACUGCCCUGGCAUCAGUGCAUGAGAGCCUACAGCCAGCCAAGGAGCUCACCUGGAUUCGUCAAUCUCCCCAGGAUCGCAGUCUCUCGGUUCAGAUGCUAGCCUUGAGACAUUAUAACCACGCCAUCCAAUCCCUCCGAGGUGAAUCUAUUGACAUGUCCUCUCGUCCCGACAUCACCAUGGUCUUGUGCAUUCUAUUCCUCUGCUUUGAGCAAUUCCGCACCGGUGAUGCUGCCUGCUUGGUUCACUUGACUGCGGCCCUCAAGCUGAUCGAUUGGUGGCGAUCACGCACCGACAACUAUACAAAACUCAAGGAUUACUCCCGACCCACUCUAGAGUUCAUGAAUGAAAAAAUCACCCCCAUUAUCCAACGGCUUCGAGUCCAGUUCUCGCUCUGUAUGGAUUCGCGGCAUAGCUGGAGGGGAUACGGCUUCACCCCCGGCCUACCGCCUCCAACAAUCCCGCCAUCAUACUCCUCGUUUGACGCUGCGCGAAGAGAUUUUGAUCGCGCGAUGAACUACAUAUUCUCAGCCCUAGAAAACAAGGAGGUCCUGUGCCCUCAUAAGCCCGUACGGGACCCGAUUUCUGUGCUGCACCACUGGAAGGACACAUUGGACUCCUCGGACCUGUCUUCCCAGGCGACGCACCUCCAGGACUGUAGUCACCAGCUCCUAGAACUCUAUUAUCACGUUUCAAUUGUGAUCACGGGCACCUACUACACCGUGCUUGAGACCACGUUCGAUGGAUAUAUUGACCAAUUCAGAGCCAUUGUCGACCUCGCCGAGCAGGUCGUCCUUGACUGGCAGCAUGCGCCUAAGGAGUACAGUCUCCUGUUUAGCUUCGACUUGGGCAUCACCCCGCCCAUGUUCCUGGUGGCAUCCCGAUGUCGUCAUCCAGAAAUUCGACGAAAGGCCGUUCGUCUGAUGCUCGAGUCGCCAUUCUAUCACGGUGUCUGGCCCGAUCGAUAUACGGGUCUCUGUGCGGAACGCAUCGUCGACAUCGAAGAAGCGGGCAUGGAGCGCUACCCCGACGGGAGUACAUACGUGCCCGAGCAUUGUCGAAUUCGGAAAGUUUCCGCGGAUCUCCAGGAUACGAAAGACCACAUCGCCAUGAAGUUUGUUCGGUCUCCAUUCGUUGAGAACUCCCCUGUCUACACUACAAUGGUCCCAUUGACAUCCUGA